GGGCGGGGCGCGGGUGGCGGAAGGUCUGGCUGUAGGGUGCGCGGGGCAGGACCUGGAAGGCGGCGAGCGCGGAGCUGUGCUGGAUCGGAGUUUGCGGGUGCGAGGCCGCUGAGCUGCCAGCUUCUUGGGACUGAAGCCAGCAGGAGAGGAAGUGCUGGGGGCCAGCCUGGGGAUGGCAGGCACACGGCCUGCUCGGCCAUGGGUGCCAAGUCUGCUGUGGGUCCUGCUGAUCCUGGGGUUGGCAUCCGGGGCCAGCAGCCGGGUACACCUGCGCCUGAUGGCAGAUUGUUCUGACGUGUGUCACCUUAACGGCUCAGAGCGAUGUCACUUCAUCCAGACCACCGCCGACUGCCGCAGCUCGGGAGGCUACCUGGACUACCUGGCGGGCAUCUUCUGCCUCUUCCCCCCCAGCCUGCUGCCCCUGGCUGUCACCCUCUACGCGCUGUGGUUACUCUAUCUGUUCCUGAUUCUGGGCGUCACGGCCGCCAAGUUCUUCUGCCCUAACUUGUCGGCCAUCGCCACCACACUGAAGCUGUCCCACAAUGUGGCUGGCGUCACCUUCCUGGCCUUUGGGAAUGGGGCCCCUGAUGUCUUCAGUGCCAUGGUGGCCUUCUCGGACCCACGCACUGCUGGCCUGGCCUUGGGGGCGCUGUUUGGUGCCGGUGUGCUGGUGACCACGGUGGUGGCGGGUGGCAUCGCCCUACUGCGUCCCUUCACUGCCGCCUCCAGGCCCUUCCUCAGGGACGUGAGCUUCUACCUGGCCGCCGUGUUCCUCACCUUCACAGCGCUCUACCGCGGCCGCCUCACGCUGUCCUGGGCCCUGGGUUACCUGGGCCUGUAUGUCUUCUACGUGGUCACUGUGGUGCUCUGCACGUGGAUCUAUCGCUGGCAGCAGAGGAGGUCUCUCGUCUGCUCCACUCCAGGCACGCCAGAGUUGCUGUCUGACUCCGAGGAGGACCUGGCGUCUUCACACACCAACAGCUGUGACUACGGUGACGAGUACAGGCCACUGCUGCCCUCCCAGGAAACCACAGUGCAGAUCCUGGCCCAAGCCCUCAACCCACUGGACUACAGGAAGUGGAGGAGGAAGCCGGCCGCAUGGAGGGCCCUCAAGGUGUUCAAGCUGCCGGUAGAGUUCCUGCUGCUCCUCACUGUCCCCGUGGUGGACCCCGACAGGGAUGACAAGAACUGGAAGCGUCCCCUGAACUGCCUGCAGCUGGUGCUCAGCCCGCUGGUGGUGGUCCUGACCCUGCAGUCAGGGGAAUAUGGAAUCUAUGACAUCGGGGGCCUCUUCCCUGUCUGGACUGUGGUGGUGGUCGCCGGCACAGCUGUGGCCUGUGUCACUUUCUUCUCCACCUCCAACAGCGAACCCCCCCGCUUCCACUGGCUCUUUGCCUUCCUGGGCUUCCUCACCAGUGCCCUGUGGAUCAACGCAGCGGCCACGGAGGUGGUGAACAUCCUGCGGUCCCUGGGUGUGGUCUUCCGGCUCAGCAACACCGUCCUGGGGCUCACCCUGCUGGCCUGGGGGAACAGCAUUGGAGAUGCCUUCUCCGAUUUCACGCUGGCCCGCCAGGGCUACCCACGCAUGGCCUUUUCUGCCUGCUUUGGAGGCAUCAUCUUCAAUAUCCUGGUGGGCGUGGGGCUGGGCAGCCUGCUGCAGCUCUCCAGGGGCCAGUCUGAGAUCAAGCUGGAGCCCGACGGCCUGCUGGUGUGGGUGCUGGCGGGCACCCUGGGACUCAGCCUGGUGGUCUCCCUGGUGUCCGUGCCGCUGCAGUGCUUCCAGCUGAGCAAGGCCUACGGCGCCUGCCUGCUCCUCUUCUACUUCAGCUUCCUGCUGGUGGCCCUGCUCACAGAAUUCGGGGUGAUCCACUUGAAGAGUGUAUGAGGGGGACGUGCACCUUGGGCCACCACCUGGUGGCCGGGGGUUACCACUGCAGCCCCACUGUGGACCUCAGGCCCACAGCCACAGCCUCUGGGGUGCAGUGGACUACUGAGCGCCCUCCUGGCUGGUGGCCCCCU